AUGAACCUCCGCAAGCUCAAGCUCCUCCCCCAGUCUCCCAGCGACUCAACUCCCGCAUCGCUCCCCUGUCCCACUUUCCCACAAGAACAGCGUACAAAAUCUCCGUCCACUUCAACCGAAGAAGAAGAAGGGUGGGAGGAAGAAGACGAAGAAGAAGAACAAUCAGAACACAGCGCAGACCUCGACAGCAACGCCCCAGAAAACAUGCGCGAGGCCAUACUCCAAGGCGUCAACGACGUCAAAGACAUGCUCGGACAAAUCCUCCCCUUCCAAGAACCCAUCGAGCGCGGCCAGGGUCAUCGACGAGAUUUGGGUUUCGUGCGCCCUAAGCCACCCAAUCCUUGGGCAGUCUGGAGAUUCGGGAUAGAGACCUCGAUUGUGGCGAUCGUUCUUGUGGGCGCGUUUAUCGGCGUCCUUGUGAAUCUGUUCUAUAUUGGGUUGAUAUUUGGCUGGUUGUGGGCGCACUAUGAUUGGGCGGGUUGGGAUGUUUGA